ACCUGGAACCCUGGGUCUGAGGGCGGAGGGGCUGGGGGCGCAGACCCCUGGGUCUGAGGGCGGAGGGCCGGACCCCCCGGCCUGAGGGGGUAGGCGCCGGCGCCGGGCCUCCUGGGGCGCAGCGGGCGGGCUGCCGCGGUCUCGGGCCGCGCGUGGAAGGCGGGCUCCCCGGCCCCUCCCCGCCGCCGGGCGCCGCCCCGCCCCCGCCCCCGACCCGGGCGCUGGGGAGCGUGUGCAGCGAGGAGCCGACGGGCGAGCGGGCGCCCCGGCAGACAGCGAGCAGGAGGAGGAGCCGCCGCCGCGCCGGGGCCGCCGGGGAGCCGAGGAGGGCGCCCCAGGUGGUUGCCCCUGCUCCCUCUCCUGAAAUGUCAGGGAGGAGGAGACCACCUGUGUCCCCCACAGGGGCCCCCCAGAGCCUGGGGGCCCCCAGCCCUGGAGCUCGGAGGAGGAGGAGGUGCUGACAGGUGCUCAGCGAGAUGCCCCCCUACCCUACAGGCUCCCUUCCCAUCCUUCUCCUCUUCCUCCUCCCCCAUGUCCCAGGGGAGCCCCCUCCCCUGCCCUCAGCUCUGCCUCCAUUUCUGGCCCCUGAGUGGGACCUCCUGUCCCCUCGAGUGGCCCUGUCCCGGGGCACCCCCGCAGGGCCCCCCCUACUCUUCCUGCUGGAGGCCAGCGCCUUUGGGGAGCCAGCAGGUGCCCCAGCCAACCGCAGCCGACGCGGGGUGAGCGAGACGGCUCCAGCCAACCGCCGGGGCGAGCUGGCAGUGUGCGACGCAGUCAGCGGCUGGGUGACCGACCGCCGGACAGCCGUGGACCUGCGUGGACGCGAAGUGGAGGUGCUGGGUGAGGUGCCUGCAGCCGGUGGCAGUCCCCUCCGCCAGUACUUCUUUGAGACCCGCUGCAAGGCCGACAGCACCGGGGAAGGUGGCCCCGCGGUGGGUGGAGGGGGCUGCCGGGGCGUGGACCGGAGACACUGGGUGUCCGAGUGUAAGGCCAAGCAGUCUUACGUGCGGGCUCUGACCACCGAUGCCCAGGGCCGCGUGGGCUGGCGAUGGAUUCGAAUCGACACCGCCUGCGUCUGCACGCUUCUCAGCAGGACAGGCCGGGCCUGAGGCCUAUACCUGGGAACUGGGCCAACCAAGGAAGAGGGCCAGACACUGAGGGACCUCGGGAAUGGCCUGGCCACUCUGGGGACCUCAGUUUGAGGACCUGUCAAUUGGAUGCGAAAUCCUAGCUCUCUGAUUUUGAGAGCUCAGUCUGUGCAGCACGGGUGGUAAAACUAAAGGGGUUUUGAAAGAUGAAUAGGAGUUCUCCUGGAGAAACCAAGGGUGAUAAUAAUGAUCGCAAUGAUGAUGAUGAUGAUGAUGAUGAUAGCCAAUAUGUACUGAGUGCUUACUGUUUAUCAGCCCCAAUACAUAACUGGCCAGAUCAACGCUUGUGGAGUUGACCAUUGGAGGCUCUUGGCUUCAAAUGUGCUGACUGCUGGUGCUCAGAGGACACUGCCCGGCCCAUCCUGGAGAGAGGGUUAAGAAGGGGAUAUAUCAAUAAGUGGGUGGGCCACCUAGACAUUGGAACAUACAAGCAACAGCCUGAGGACCUGAAGAUUCUUGGCCCAUGGAAGACAUCCCUGGGACCUGGGGCUCAAGAAGAAUUCUUAGUUGGUUAGAGGGCAGCAAUGUUGGCUUAGAGUUCUGGAACCCUUUUGUAAGGUAGUGAGCCACCCGUCACAGUGGAAACACAAGCAGGGUUGAAUGAUAGGAGGUCAGGAAGCUGUAGAGUUCAGUUCAGGGCAGGGACUCAGAGUCAGGUUUCUUACCACCCCACCCCCACCCCAACCUUUACUCCACAUUGGGAGAGAAGUAGAGCUCACCAUUGUCCAGCAUGAGUAGGACAUGAGGUGGGUGGGGUGAGAUAAUAGCGGUUGAGGAGGCAGAGGCCCUGACCAAAAGGCACUUAAAGUGAAGAGGUGAAGCAAUGGGCAGACCCCACACCCCUACUACUCCACAGCCCGAUCCUUGUGGCCAACACACACACGCAGCCUUUAGCACCCCCUGGCCGAGAGACAGAGACAUCCCUCCCUGCCCUGCCAGCCCAGGUGGCCCCUGAGAGGGAGGGAAGGUGUCUUCCAGGUCUCAGGCCCCACUGCCUCAUUUGUGUCCUCCAUCUUUCUCCCCAUCUCGUCUCUGGGUCAGUAGCUCCUUAUCCCUCUGUCUCUGACUCUCACUCGGCAGAUCUCCUGCCCCCUCUAAGUUUUUCUCUGUGGGUCUCUCCCUCUUCGCCCACCCCCACACCCAGGUGGAAGUU